AUGAGCGGUCCCGGCGUCGGUUUCGAGUAUCCUCCUGUGCCCGUGGAAUGGCUCAAGCGGGACGCACUACUCUUCGCCAACAGCAUUGGAGUCACCGCUGAUGAGCUGCACUUCCUCUUUGAAUUGCACCCUGACUUUGCUGUGUUCCCGACCUAUCCUGUCAUCCUGCCAUUCAAGGGUGCUACCCAGGAAGUCAUUGACUUCUACGCGGCCCAGAAGGCCGUCAAGAUCCCCGGUGUGCCCGACUUCGACCACACUAGGGUCGUUGACGGCCAGCGCUUGCUGCAAUUCUUCAAGCCCCUGCCGCCCUCCUCGGAAGGCAAGAAGUUUGAGAUCCGCCAGAAGGUGAUCGGCGUCUACGACAAGGGCCGGCCCGGCUCCGUCCUCGAGACACAGACUGACCUCGUUGACGCCACUACCGGAGAGGCCUACUCGCGGGCCAUCGGCAGCGCCUUCUUCGUGGGCCAGGGCAACUGGGGCGGGCCCAAGGGCCCUGCCACGGUCAACUUCCCGCCGCCAAAGGGCAAGCAGCCCGACGUGACCUUUGAGGACCAGACCACCAAGCAGACGGCGCUUCUGUACCGCCUGAACGGCGACUACAACCCCCUGCACGCCACCCCGGAGCCCGGCAAGAAGAUGGGCUUCGGCGGCGAGAUCAUCCACGGCCUGUACUCGUUCAACUCGACCGCCCACGGGCUGCUCAAGCACGUGGCUGGCAGCGACCCCAAGAACCUGAAGGAGUUCCAGGCGAGGUUCGCCAGCCCUGUCAAGCCCGGGGAUAAGCUGGUGACCUCGGUCUGGAAGACUGGGGAGAUCAAGGAUGGCUGGGAGGAGGUCCGGUUCGAGACCAAGGUUGAGGGCAAGAAGGUGUGUCUAAGCAAUGGCCGCGCCCUUGUGAAGGCCGUUGGGUCUACCAAGAGCAAGCUGUAG